AUGAUCAACUCUACUCAGGUUUCAAGUUUCACCCUUGCUGCCUGCUUUGACACCGGGGUGUUUAAAUACUUAUAUUUCCUGCUGAUUUUAUGCUUAUAUGUGUUCAUAGUGUGUGCCAAUGUGUUGCUGAUUGUGGUUAUCUGUGUGAACAGGAGCUUACAUGAACCUAUGUACCUUUUUCUGGUCAGCCUGUUUGUAAAUGAACUGUAUGGUAGUACAGGGUUGUUUCCAUUCCUUCUGGUUCAGAUCCUCUCGGACAUUCACACUGUUUCUGCUCCCUUCUGUUUCCUGCAGAUUUUCUGUGUGUAUACCUAUGUGUGUGUAGAGUUUUCUAACCUAGCCGUCAUGUCUUACGACAGAUAUCUUGCCAUAUGUUAUCCUCUGCAUUAUAACACAAGUAUGACGACUGGGAAGGUUGCCGUGCUGGUUGCCGUGCCGUGGCUCUACUCUUUCCUCACCAUUGUUGUUUUGCUGUCAUUGAUUGUUCCUCUGAAGCUGUGUGGGAACAUCAUCGACAAAGUUUACUGCAACAACUACUCUAUUGUGAAGCUGGCGUGCACGGACACAACAGCCAAUAACAUCUAUGGACUCAUUCUCACUUUUCUCACAGUCUUUGUUCCUGUCAUCAUCAUUCUCUACACCUACACGAGGAUCCUUAAAGUGUGUUUUUCUGGUUCUAAGCAGACGAGACAGAAAGCUGUCAGUACCUGCACACCCCACCUCGCUUCUAUACUCAACUUCUCUUUCGGGGUUUGCUUUGAGAUAUUACAGAGCGGGUUUGAUAUGAGCAGUGUACCCAUGAUAUUACAAAUAUUGGUGUCAUUGUAUUUCCUGACGUGCCAACCGAUCUUUAACCCUGUAAUGUACGGCCUCAACAUGUCCAAAAUACGUGUCAUGUGUCAAAGUCUGCUGUCACGUUCUGUGCUGGGAGGUUGCUUCAGGAUAUGA